AUGGACGCGGACAACAUUCACUUCGCGCCGGCAAAAGAGGCCACGGAGCAGAUGGUGCUCCGCGAGCUUCAUGAGCAUGUGUGUGUUGGCCCUAUGCCACUUGGUGCUGUCAACGUCGUGAAUCUUCCUAUCCGCGAGCCGCUCGUACAUGACAAGGUUCUCAUCGCCAACCCAGCUCAUGACGGCGUCUUCAACAACAAAGCUUGGAGUGAUCUUCCUGCUAUCAUGAAGCUGAAGGGCAAUCCCAGUUUUGACUACAAGACGCAGUACUUCAUUCAGGAGCAGUCCAACGGCAACUACACGAUUAUCAAGCAUCUCUACGAAAUUGCUUGGGGUCAAGGAAACAAGGUGGUGGAACGGAAAGCUUUGCAGUGGAUGUUGGAGCAAACAGGCGGUUUGCAAUUCAGGCAGUUCUCACUUUCGACAGAGAAGAAAAGGCCUGUAGCAUCAUCUGCUAUGGGCGCAACCUCUACCGAAUAUGACCAAGAUGCGGGAUGGGACUUUAUUUUGGAACACGGAGAGCGUGACAGAAGUCAGUUGAAGCAGCUCCGAUGGAUUCACAAGAACAUCAACAGAGACGGCUCCCCCAUUCGUGGUUGGUCUGAAAAGCUUGUGCAGAAGGCAUUGGACUCCCUGGCAAAUGACAACUGUCUAGCGAAACUCAUCACAAGAUACGACCUUACCGCGCAGGACCUUCACCCGACUUUUGUGGAGAAUAUCUUUCAAGACGCAGUUGGCUUCCUGCUGGACCACAGCUUCUGGCUAAUGGGAGAGCCUGGGGUUGGGAAAACCCCCUUGGCUCGGAUCAUUGCCACGUUGUUUAGCAGAUAUCAUGGAGGAGACGGAAAGUUCCGCACAGCAGAAGACUUUGAUUUCUUCCGCGGCUUGCACUUUGGUAAGUCUACUCCUGCUCUGUACGACGACGGAGAUGCAUUUUCUGAUGUCGGCAACAACGAGGGCAUCCUUAAAGAGAGAUGGACAGCCGCAAAGUUCGUGCAAGGCCAACUCCGUGCCAUCAUCGACAACUCCUAUGCCAACCUGGAGGUUGCCAACCCAGAGGCCACUUCCAUCUCUCACGAUGAGUUCGUGAAAAUGAUCGGGCCCGCCAUAGGCCACAUUCCCAGCGCCGACACCAGAGCCAUUCUCAAACGCAGCGUCUUCAUCGUCUUCGCCAAGGGUUGCAUCUACUAUCGUCCACCUUCACAGGAUGUUCUGCCCGUCAUGAGAAUGAAGUGGGUCCUCAAGGAUAUACUGGUGGAUGAUUGCAAGCCUCGCUUCAACAAUUACAAGAAGAAUGGUCCACCCCCAUAUGACUUUGACGCCCGCGUUGUCACAGAAAAAGCUUGGCUCGAUGAAGCUCUUCGCGUUCAUUCCAAAAAGCACACCUUGCAGAGGCACUACAGCAACAUUCUUCCGGAGACUGUCAUCAAGAUGGAAGCUUCUGAGUUCGAGGAAAACCAUGCAGGUUUGGCAAACAUGUGUAAUGGAGAGGCUCUGGAUGUGGAAGCGGACAGCCCGCCCCCGCGACCAGUUGCUGCACCAAUGACGCCGGAACGUAAAAUCAAACAGGAAAAGUUUGAGCAGGAUUACGCUACCUUCCUCCUGAAGAGCCACGCUUGGAGCAAAUCUCUUGGUGUCAACACUACCAUCGAGUUGUCGCCCUCGCAAUCCGAUCGUGCAGCUGCCUCUUCGCCAUCGCAGAACCAGAUUCCACAUCCGGCUAUGAGCGAUUCUGAUCAGAUGGAUGUUGCUACCUCGCCUUCAGAGUCUCACAUCUUUGACUUCGGUGACCAAGUGGAUGAUGCAGCGUAG